GCUAGCCGUCAAACUACAAAACUUUUAAGUGAUGAAGUGAUAAUGUUGACAAGUGUUAGUUGGAGAGAUUUUAGAUAAGCAAACGUUCUCCGAUGUCUAAGAUCCAACUGGAAGUAACAACAUGAGUAAACCGUACCAUUGGCAGAGUCACAAUGUCAAGACCAGCGGGGUCGAUGACAUGGUGCUCCUCCAGAAAAUCUCGGAGGCAGCCAUCCUCGACAAUCUCAAGAAGCGCUUCAUGGAUGACUGCAUCUAUACCUACAUUGGGCCAGUGUUGGUAUCUAUUAACCCCUUCAAACAGCUCUCGAUCUUCACUGACCACGAGGUGGAGCAAUACCAAGGAGCAGCCCAGUAUGAGAACCCGCCCCAUGUGUAUGCGCUGGCUGACAAUAUGUACAGGAACAUGUUAAUAGACAUGGAAAACCAGUGUGUCAUCAUCAGUGGAGAGAGUGGUGCUGGAAAAACAGUAGCGGCCAAGUAUAUAAUGGGUUUCAUCGCAAAAGUGUCAGGUGGAGGGGAAAAAGUACAGAGAGUGAAAGAUGUUAUCUUAGAAUCCAAUCCAUUGUUAGAGGCUUUUGGGAAUGCCAAGACUGUCCGCAACAACAACUCCAGUCGAUUUGGGAAAUAUGUAGAAAUCCAGUUCAGCAGAGGAGGAGAGCCAGACGGUGGUAAAAUAUCAAACUUCCUCCUGGAGAAGACACGUGUGGUCAGCCAGAACAGCAACGAGAGGAACUUCCAUGUGUUCUACCAGAUUUGUGCCGGGGCAGAUGCAGCUCAGAAGGAGAGUCUUGGUCUCACCACACCCGAUUAUUAUAUGUACCUCAACCAGAGUGGUACCUACACCGUAGACGGUACCGACGAUGUGGCCGAGUACAGGGACACCAUGCAUGCCAUGGCGACAGUAGGCGUUUCAGAUGAGAACAUAGAGGACGUGCUGAUGGUAGUGGCGGGUAUACUUCACCUAGGGAACAUCGCCUUUCAAGAGGAUGGAAACUACGCCAAAGUAGCGAACGAAGAUUUUCUUGACUACCCGUCAUACCUGCUUGGAGUGGACAAGGAGUACCUCAGGACGAAACUGACCAGUCGAGACAUGGACAGUAAGUGGGGCGGCAAGACCGAGCUCAUCCAUGUGACUUUGAACGUCGAGCAGGCGGAGUUUUCGCGCGAUGCCCUGGCUAAGGCGCUGUACAGUCGUAUGUUUGACUACCUUGUAGAGGCAGUGAACCGUGCCAUGAGGAAAGACAAAGAGGAGAUCAACAUUGGAAUCCUCGACAUUUAUGGGUUCGAAAUUUUUGAGAAAAACGGAUUUGAGCAGUUUUGUAUUAACUAUGUCAACGAAAAACUACAGCAGAUUUUUAUAGAGCUUACACUGAAGGCUGAACAGGAGGAGUAUGUACAAGAAGGUAUCAAGUGGACACCUAUCGAAUACUUCAACAACAAGGUGGUGUGUGAUGUCAUAGAGAGUAAGCAGCCACCCGGCAUCAUGUGCAUCCUUGACGACGUGUGUGCCACCAUGCAUGCCGUGUCGGAGGGAGCGGACAGUAAUCUGUUACAGAAAUUGGGAGCUGGUAUUGGGUCACAUGACCACUACCAGGGUAGUGGUAUGGGCUUCAUCAUCCAUCACUACGCUGGCAAGGUAACAUAUGAUGUGGAUGGAUUCUGUGAACGGAACAGAGAUGUUUUAUUCAAAGAUCUCGUACAGCUGCUGCAGUCAAGUAACAAUGAUUACAUCAGAGGUCUCUUUCCGGAGGAUGUCAGUAAACAAACCAAAGGUCGUUCCAGUACAGCUAGCACAAAGAUAAAGUCUCAAGCCAAUAAGCUGGUGGAAACCCUGAUGAAAUGUACGCCUCAUUAUAUUCGAUGCAUCAAACCAAAUGAAACUAAAAGGCCCAGGGACUUUGAAGAUAGCAGAGUGAAACAUCAAGUAGAAUAUCUGGGACUGAAGGAGAAUAUACGAGUACGAAGAGCUGGUUUUGCAUACAGAAGGGAGUUUUCAAAGUUUUUACGAAGGUACGCCAUCUUGACGUCAGAAACGUGGCCAACCUGGCGAGGGGAUCCCAGACAAGGAAUCAAGCAUCUCAUGGACACAGUCAACAUGGACAAGGACCAAUGGCAGCUCGGCAAAACCAAAGUCUUCGUCAAAAACCCAGAAUCUCUAUUUUUACUGGAAGAAAUGAGAGAGAGGAAGUUUGAUCACUAUGCCCGGAAGAUACAGAAGGCAUUUCGUCGCUAUCAUGCCCGCAAAACCUACUUCAAACUGCGAGAGGAAGCUUCAGACAUCCUCUUCCAGAAGAAGGAGAGGCGGCGCUUCAGUUUGAACAGAAACUUUGUAGGAGACUACCUUGGCCUGGACGAUCACCCUGGCGUCAGGGCGCUUCUAGGGAAACGGGAGCGAGUGGAAUUUGCAGAUACUGUGCUUAAGUUUGACAGACGCUUUAAGAUUGCAAAGAGAGACUUAGUUCUCACAGCUAAGAAUGUCUACCUAAUUGGAAGGGAAGUGAUUAAAAAGGGGCCAGACAAGGGAACGAUGAUAGAAGUAAUAAAACGUAGUAUACCAGUAGAGAGUAUAACUCAAGUCUGUAUGAGUACCCUACAAGAUGACUUAUUUGUCAUACAUAUACAGAAUGAGUAUGCCAGUUUGCUUGAAUCAGUGUUCAAGACUGAAUUCCUAUCCACACUGUCAAAGCGCUACAAAGACAAAACUGGCAAUGAGCUGAGGACACAGUUCAGUGACACGUUAGAGUUUCCAAUAAAGAAGGAAGGCUGGGGAGGAGGCGGUACACGGUCGAUCAGGUUUAGCAAAUUAGGACAACCUCAGGAUGUAGCUGUGAUGAAGCCCUCAAGCAAAGUCCUUAAUGUCAGUAUAGGGCAAGGCCUUCCUAAGGAUUCACGGCCAGGAAAAAAGAAGAUGCAUGUUGGUAACGGAACUCUGAGGAGGAAAAACCCGCCCAGCAAAUCUGCUCCUACAGGACCGCCUCCUUCACGGGGGGCCCCACCUCCACCCACAUCAAACCCUCCUAGUCUGAGUAACCGUCGAUCUCGCCGCAUCAGUGAAAAGACACCAUCACUGCCGCGAGACGGGGGCCAGAAAAAAGCCAAGAAGAUCAACGAGGCUGUGAUGAACAACAAUAAUAACUUCAUGCAAACUCCAGAUGCAGGUUACUCAGGUCUACAGCGUAUUGACCAAGAACGAAUGAGCGAUGUACAGAGGAACAAAAGUAGUAUGAAGAAACCUAGUCCUGCUGGAGGGCGUCCCAAACCCCCAGCUGCCCCCAAACCCAAGCCUGCCUUCCCCCAGUGUCGCUGUCUCUAUGCCUACGAUGCCCAGGAUGUUGAUGAGCUGAGCUUCAAUGAAGGAGACAUUAUUGACCUAGUGAAAGAAGAGGCUACUGGCUGGUGGACAGGAAAGCUGCGAGGAAAACAAGGUCUGUUUCCGGCAAACUACAUAGAAAAGCUGUGAUAGGCAGAGCUGUGAUCUCCAGGACAUUCCGACAGAAACUAGGCAACAUUUGUUACAAAUUGCUUUAGCCCGUCACAGGGUUGGUUUGUGUGAUAGGGUAUGGGCACUGUGGGUCUGGUGUUUUACUGUACUGAAGAUGUAGUCUUACAGACCCAUGAUAGGGUAUAGCUGAGACUGACCAAGUGGUCGUAUAGACAGACUGUAGUAUAUGUGAUACUAUGGGUGUCGUGUGUCCGACCUGUUAUUGGGUAUGCAGGACUCUAUAGCCGGAGUGGAUGUCACUGUGCAGGAUUCUAAUUUGUCCCUGGAUCUUGAAGGGCCAUACUUCUGUUGCCUGAGGCUUACUGACCAGUAUAACUGUUGGAUAGUAGCCCAGAGAUGACUUUCUGAUAAGUAAUGUGAAAGUUCAUGCGUGGCCUUAUGAAUGAUAAACAUCUGCUUGUCUAGUCGUUAGACACUGUAUCAGUUUUUAUAUACAGUAAAACCUCUUUAUACUGCCAGUAUUUGUUCAGCAAAGUUUUGGCGUUAUAAAGGGGUUGGGCAAUAUGUCGAGGGAAACAUAAACAUAACUUUAGACCAUGAAAUAUGUUGGCAGUGUAAGGAAAAUUGCAACAGAGGAAGGGCAUUGUAUGGAGGUUUUAUUGUACUUUUACAAUUGUUAAGUUUUCCUCUGUUGAGGAUUGUAUGGAAUUGCAUGUAGUCUGCAAUACUUAGCCAACAGAUUGUUGAUAAAUUGUAUGCAACCAUUAGCUGUUAGACCUACAUCGAAAUUUCUAAAUGAGAGUACACAUGAUGUAACCGAGUUUAGAGUAGAAAGUAUGAAGAACCUUAGCUUAGGCUAUGAAGGUCAUUGCUUAGACUAUAAAGGUCAUUGCUUAGACUAUGAAGGUCAUUGCUUAGACUAUGAAGGACAUCACUUAGACUAUAAAAGAUGUUGCUUAGGCUCUGAAGGUCAUUGCUUAGACUAUGAAGGACAUUGCUUAGGCUAUGAAGGACAUCACUUAGACAAUAAAAGAUAUUGCUUAGGCUCUGAAGGUCAUUGCUUAGGCUCUGAAGGUCAUCGCUUAGGCUAUGCAUUGGAUGAACUGUGCCCUAGGACUAAGAAUCUGAACCACUACGUAAACACAUAUAGGACGUGUAAUCUCCCUGUUUAAGACACAAGAGUGUAUAUGUGCAUGUAUUUGUUACGUUAAUGCUUGUUCCAGUUACAAAGUCUUCACUUGACGACCGGUUAUUUAACAAUGUGAACUUGUUCAUUAGCCUUAUCUGCUCAACCUAUAGAAGACCUUAUAAAAUGGCUUGAUAUUUUAACUUUGGAGGUGUGGCCUUUGUCAUGGCAAUAAGGCCAUAGAUGUCAUCACUUGACACUGCAUUAUAUAUUGUAUCAUUAACUCAUUCACCCCUGAAAUUUCAUAAUGAACUAUUCCAACCUUUGAACUGGAAGAGUUCAAAUGUAUCUUCAAGGGUGAAUGAGUUAAAAGCUUAAGGGUAGUGGUAGAAACUAGGGUAAAACUAUUUAAAAUCAAAUGCGGUUUCCUAAUUAUAUAACGGUACUGCUUCAUAAAUGUUAUAGAAUUAUUGAGUUUGAUGUUGUCACUGGUGUCAAGCCCUUUUAAGAUCAUGAUUGAAUUAGUGUUCAUGAAAACUUGGAAAAUAGGAUUGAAAUAAAACAAAAGCUCCUAACAAAAUAACCAUGAUUUAUAGAAAUUUGUUACAUGAGAAGAAUAUAUUACAAAUUUCUGAGGGGAAUAUUGACAAGUUAUCAUCUAUGCAAUGAAUAUAAGAUGAAGUCCAGAAAAAAAGUCAAAUAUUUUUCUUUAAAAUAUUUUUUAUAUUUCAUAAACAAAAGUAUGGUAUUACAUAGAUUUUGUCAUUAGAGGAGAAUAUAUAUUAUUAAAAUUUACUAUGUACAGAAAUUUUAUUAAGAAUAUUAAUAAUCAGUUUUUACGAUGUCUGUUUUAAGUCCAAAAUGACACUACCAAAUUGGAAAGUUACACCCAAGUUAUGACCGUCCUAUAUAUGUAUUUAUCGUUAUAUAUACCACCCAUAAAACACAAAAUGUGCCUUGAUUUUGAAUGAACAGCCACCUCAGAUGAUAUAGAAAUGUGUGUCGUAUAUUGUUCAUUUUACACUACAGCACAUUGUACUAGAUAGUGGAGUAAGCUUCACAUAGGAUCCAGUUUACUAUAUCAUAGUGCAGUAUACAUGAAGAAAUAUAUUAGCAGUUUUUAGCUCUGAUUAGGAGUGUUAAAUUAUGUACAGUGCAAAUACAUAAUUUUCAUUUCAGAAUAUAAUAGAAGUAAAUUUCAUUAUGUAAUGCUAGUUCAGGUUUGUGUUAUAUUUUCUGUGACAGAUAAAGCAAAAAUGUUACUACACUAAAAGAUACACAAGUACAGUUCUUUGUAUUAGCAUAUAUACUCAUUUCCACGCAUCAGUGAUAAUUUUUCAAGGAUUUUGCUACAGCUAUAUUGCAGUGAUUUAUAUGUUUACACUUUUAUUUUUAAUGCGAAAUUUCUGAAAUAUUUUCACAGCUAUAAUAACAUGUUUACAGUAUUGUCAGUUGCAGCAUAUCAAUAAAGAAAAGACAAUAAGUCUCAAAAUAUAUAAUUACCCGGUAAUGAAUUUUAAAUUAAGAUAUUAUUUAAAUGAUCAAAAAGUAUAUUGAAGUAAAAGUCGGAGUAUAUACUGUGUGAUGGCUAUAGGAGUAAUAUAUUUUUAAGGAUAUAUUUUUUGAAAUAUACAAUAUGAAAUUUACAUGGCCUGCUGUCUGAUUGAAUAAGAACAGCCAGUUAACUUGUGCCAUAGAUUUGUUUAGGUAUUUAAAUAUGCAACAAAUAGACUUUACAUACCAUAUUUAAUCUUACUAACAUUCAAAAUUGAAUUUGAAAGUAUAAGUAUAUAAGGUAUAAUGCAUGGUUUUAAGCUAUAAUCCCUCAGGAUUUAAAUGCCUUUUAAGAAAAAAAUCAUUUAAAAAGAACUCCUUUUAUUUUGGAAGACAGUUAUUAACAGAA